AUGUCCAACCAACACACUCAAAAGACCUUUACCCUCAACACUGGUGACAAGAUCCCUGCCAUCGGCUUGGGUACUUGGCAGUCACAGCCCAAUGAGGUGCGUUCGGCUGUCAAGGAUGCCCUACUAAAGGGCUACCGACACAUCGAUACGGCUUUGGCUUACGGCAAUGAAGCCGAAGUUGGCGCGGGUAUCCGUGACUCUGGCGUUCCCCGUGAGGAAAUCUGGCUCACUACAAAGCUGAAUAACACCUGGCAUCACCGUGUGGCGGAAGGUAUUGACUCUUCGCUGAAGGAUCUGGGAGUCGACUAUGUCGAUCUGUACUUGGUCCAUUGGCCCUGCGCUACCGACCCCGAGGAUACCACCAAGACGGUGCCAGACUGGGAUUUCAUCAAGACUUGGCAAGAGAUGCAGAAGCUGCCUGCUACUGGCAAGGUCCGCAACAUUGGUGUCUCUAACUUUGGCAUCAAGAACUUGGAGAAGCUGCUCAAUGACCCUAGCACCAAGAUCAUCCCUGCUGUCAACCAGAUCGAGCUUCACCCCAACAAUCCUUCCCCCAAGCUGGUUGCCUAUAACACAUCCAAGGGUAUCCACUCUACUGGCUACUCCUGCCUCGGUUCUACCAACUCGCCUCUUUACAAGGAUCCUACUCUUCUGAAGCUCGCCGAGAAGAAAGGCAAGUCUCCUCAGCAGGUCUUGCUGGUGUGGGGUAUCCAGAAGGGCUGGAGUGUCAUUCCUAAGUCGGUUAGCAAGUCUCGCAUUGAUGCCAACUACGAGAUUGAUGGUUGGAAUCUGACCGAUGAUGAGGUUAACGAGCUGGAUAAUCUCAAGGAUCGCUUCAAGGUUUGCGGUGAUGCCUGGCUGCCUAAGGGAGUCAAGGUUUUCUUUGGUGAUGAUGAGUAA